AGCAUAUGCUCAGUCAUCUCAUCUCCAACGCUAGAAAACAGUGUAUCACUUAACAGGACAGAAACAGAGUAAAAACAGAACAGGGGCGACCUGACCUUCAGAACACAUUUCCAUGGCAAGAAAUUUAAUCAUGACAUUUCUUGCAGCAGUUUUGGUUGCUGCUUUGAUUCAGAGCUCCGCCGCUCAGACAACCCAUGUCGUGGGUAAUAACUCUGGCUGGAUUAUUCCUACCGGUGCCACAUUUUACUCCAACUGGGCUGCAAACCAAGCCUUCUCUGUUGGUGAUAUUCUUGUGUUUAAUUUUGCGGCCAACCAACAUGAUGUGGCCAAAGUAAGAAAAGCUGAUUAUGAUGCUUGCACCACAACCAAUCCUAUUUCUUUGCAAACCGCCAGCCCUGCUAGAUUCACCAUUAAUGCUACCGGAGAGCACUAUUUCAUCUGCAAUUUUUCCGGCCACUGCUCUGCUGGUCAAAAGUUGAUGAUCAAUGUUAGUGCUGCAACUUCUUCUCCAGCUCCCCAACCUUCUUCUUCUUCUCCGGCGCCUCAACCUUCUACUCCUACUCCUACUCCUGCUCCUCAGCCCAGCACUCCUCCUCCAGUUUCUGCCCCAUCACCUUCUCCAGUUUCUACACCACCACCUUCACCGAUUUCUGCCCCAUCACCAGCACCAUCCGGUAGUGGAGUAACUUACACUGUUGGAGACAAUCAGGGCUGGACUCUUCUUUCUAAUACUGCCACUUUCUACCAGAACUGGGCUUCCGGCAAGAACUUCAAGCCUGGAGACAUCUUGGUUUUCAACUAUAACAAUGGAGCACAUGAUGUGGCUGAGGUGACAAAGGCAAAUUACGACUCAUGCAAUACCACUAACCCAAUCUCUCUCCGGUCCAGCCCACCAACAAGAAUCACUCUCUCCGCCGGUGAGCAUUUCUACGUUUGUGCCAUCCCCGGCCACUGCUCUGCUGGCCAAAAGCUAGCCAUCAAUGUCACCAGCAGCGGCACCGCUACACCACCAUCUUCCACAGCUACACCACCAUCCUCCAACGCUACACCACCAUCCUCCACCACCCCAACCACCCCAACAAACCCCUCUACCCCAUCUCCAACUACCGCCCCACCUCCACCAAACAGCUCUGCUAGAUCUCUGAGCGUCGCCGGUCUCUCCGCCACCUUUUUGUCAAUUGUUGUAGCUUUCUUGUAUUAGAUUGUGAUGAGAGGAUUAAUUAAUUAAUUAGCGAGAGUGUGAUUCAUUUUUAUGUAAUAUUAUUGUUAUACAGAUUGAGUUCAUAUGAUUUGACAAUUCAAUAAAGCUGUUUUUCAAAUUUCA